UGUAAAUAACCCGCUGGAUGACAACAUUUAUUUCGGAACGAAAAUCUGGCUGUGCAAGCCAGGCAAAACCAAUGUCGAAAAUGUCUAGCCCACGGAAAUUUAGUGAAAAGAUUGCCCUGCACAAUCAAAAGCAGGCGGAGGAAACAGCUGCCUUUGAGCAGAUUAUGAAAGAAGUAUCAAUAGUUUCUAGGCAUCCACACAGUGUUAGCCCCCAUCACCACCUGCAGCUAUCUCCUGCACUGGGGACAUAUCGCGGAGGAUCAUUACCAAAUGUUAAUCAAUUAGGAAACAGUUCUAUAGAUUUACAGCAAGCAUUGCAUAGUUUAGAGGAUAUAAAACAUGCAACAGGACGAGGAGUACAAGACCGAGUCUACAGAACACAACGGCCGGGGGCCCAUAGAGGGAGACAUGAAGCAGCGCCAUACAGUGCUCCCUACCUGUCUCCACCAAGUGAUACAAGUUGGAGGAGAACGAACUCUGACUCGGCGCUUCAUACCAGUGCAAUGGUUCAAGAUGUUUUCUCUGGACCCGCAUCCGUUCCCCAUAGGAGAGAUACGAUAGAUAACAUGGGUGAUAGAUUGAAGCCUGUUCACUGGGACCCCAAGAAGGGUCAUCACCAGCUUCAGUCCAGGCCCAGAUCAUGUGAGGUACCUGGAAUCAAUAUUUGUCCAUCGGAGCAGCCAUCGGAUGCAAUCAACUCCAUCCCGAUCUCAAGUAGCACCGGGUCGCUACCGGACCUCACCAACCUCCACAUCCCCUCUCCGCUCCCAACGCCCUUAGAUCCUGAAGACCAGACAUACAAUCACAGCGGUAGCGCCACAAACCUCUCGCAAAGCAUGCCAUCAGGAGGUCACCUGAGCAUUGUGGGUAACCACACGUUACCACAGGUGACGACGCACAGUCCACAGGUUAGCCCUCAAAUGAGCCCCCAGAACCAGAGGCGGCAAGUCAUGAGCAAUCCCGGUAGCCCCGUCGUCCUCAAUCAAAGGAGACAUUUAUCCCCUAGUCCACAGGGUAUCCCAUUAGACCAGACCCCCAGCAUAGUUGUGGAUCAUCAUCAAGAGCAAUCCAAUCAUCAUACGCAGCAACAAGUUGCACAGGUAGCCCAACAGGUAGCGCAGCAACAGCAGCAACAGCAACAACAACAGCAGCAGCAGCAGCAACAACAGCAGCAGCAGCAAUCACAACAACAGCAAAUGGCAAACCAAGGUAAUAUAUUCCAUCAACAACAGCAGCAGCAACAGCAGCAGCAACAACAGCAGCAACAACAGCAGCAACAACAACAACACCAUCAUUCAAAUCCGGCGAGUCCACAGCACAACGUUCCUCCCAGCCUCACGUUAGACAUGUCACAAAUGGCUGUAUUACAGGCUCAGAUGCAGCAUUACAGGGACAAAGGACAACAGAUGAUGGGUAACACUGUCUCCUGCUCCUCCCCGACCUCACCUGUCUCCAAUCCUAACAAUUCCCCUCUGCCCUCUCCUGGUGGAUCCAUGCCAGUAGGUUCCUGUUCUCCAGGCUCCACCUCUCCGGUCCCAGCCAACAUGGGUCUGUUCAGUGACGCCUAUUACCAGCAGCAGCAGACUAAUGCUCUACAGUACAAGUUUGAGCAGUUCAACAUGAUGCAGAACUCAGAACAGAAGCAGAGGACGACGUCCACACCCACGUCACCGACGUUUGUCCUUUCCAAUGAACAUGACAUGCAAUCGGGUUUGGGUCUUUCAUAUGGUGCUGUGUACAGCCACAAUCUAGGGGGCAGUCAGGAAUUAAUUCAUCAUGGGAGACCGCCCCCUACCUACCAACAAACCCUUAUGCAAAUCCCUCAACACUCACAUCCCAGCAAUAUUCCAGAUAUUAUAUUCACAGGUGCAGGGGAAUCACCGCCAAGGCAAGAGUUAGCUCGUGAAAUCAGCAACGCCAUGGCCAGUAUGGACAGUAACUUUGAGCAUGAUCUCUUGUUUUCAACGGACUCAUUGAACGUUGAUCCUCUAGACCUAGAGCACCUACAGAUGCUCUCGGACAAUGACAUUGUCGCUGACCAAGCCACGGAAGACUCUUUUCGGCAAGAUCAUCGGCUCUAGCCAGCCGCGACCCUUGACCCUUCCUCCCUACCCACAUGGGAUACUGUCUUGCGAUUGGUAUCACCAUGGGGUUGGUGGUGGUGUUUGAGACAAAUUCGGGCAGAAUCAUUGCGAGUGUUCAACUCGCUUGUGUGUGCGUAGAACGACUGCUUCGGCUGUACCGGGCCAGCAGAGUAGUGCCGAGAUGCAUUCUUUUGGCAGAUGGAAUGCACAGAUUGAUUUAUUGAGUAACGAGAGCAACGAAUGCUGCAUAGCGAUGGGAGAGUGCUUUUGGCAAAGUGGAAAUCUAACUUCAUUAAAGAUUCCUAGAUGCCAUAUCUGAAGUGUGACUGUCAUCCAGGAGAACGAGAACAGUGGAUGUGCUUCUGAUCAAGCUCUUCACAUGGAAGACAACAAGGAAAGAGAAAUAAAAAGCUAUUGUCCUUUCAGGCUAAUAUGUUUGUAUUUGUCAAGGGGUGUGGAGAAGCUGAGUAAAUGCCUGGAGAGUUUCUUAAAUUCUUUAGAAAUUAGAUCACAAACAAAGUUGAGAUUACAGUCAGAUAGUAAAUUGAGCACCAUAUCCUACAGUAUCAAUGGAUUUUCAGGUAGAUGAAAUCGUUUCUUGGGUAGGCCAUACAGAAAAAAACAUUAAUAAGUCUCUUCAAAUUUUUGUUUAUAUUGUUGCUCUAAAUUUAGGUACCAAGUCAGAUUCAUCCUACAUAAAAAGCAAUAAUAAAUCAACUUUUCUACGAAGCAGAGUUAAAAUCGAUUCAUUGGGUAUUGUUGAUUCAAACCUUUUUUCUCAGGCUGAUAGAAAUAAUUUUAGAUUAUCAUGUUUUCACCUAUAUUCUUUUUUUAGCCUCGUUUUUGUGCAAAUUUGUAAGGAAUUAUUCAAAUCGGCUGUAAUGUAUUUGUAUGUAGUAAUCGAUUUCUUCAAAUUUUAGGGAUCUGACAGAAUAAACAUUGUUCAAUAUUUUCUUUAAAUUUCAACCCCCAAAGGUAUUAACCUAAUGUUUCUAAGAGAAAAAAGUUUAUGAUAAACAACUUUUGGGUCUGACCCUAUUGCCUGGAAUACUCUCAGAUUGUGAUAAUAGGAAAAGCACCAACAGUGAGAACGGUUCAAUAGAAAAGAUCUUUCCUCGCCAAUUAACCUGCUGACUACUGAAUGUUAUAGGUCCCAUAGGCUUAACACAGGGACCAACAGGUUCCAGUAAGCAAAGGGUUAAGGGCCACCUGCUGGCUGGACCGUUGACAAGAUGUGGCAUUCUGUUUGAAAGCCUGUGAAGACAUUGUUAUAGUGUGUACCGUCUGAUCAAUCUACUCAUACUUUGAUUAAUGUUUGUUUAUUGUUUUGUUUAUUGUGAGUUUUACACUUGUGUGUAAUGGAAGGAUGGUUGAUAAUGUUAUCUAUUGUGUUAAGAGAAGAGUGCAAUUGUACAUUCCAGAGGCACAACAAAAUAGCUGCGGAAGCAGUAUUUCUGUACCUUGCUGCAUUUUGAGUUGAUUUUAUUUGAGCUGCAUUUUCGUUAUCACUUCUUCAAACUCUUACUAAUGUUCCACUACUUACAGCAAUGGAUUAUAUUGAGUAAUUUUGAACACAACACAAACAAAAGAAGAUUAUGUGUAGAGAAGCACUUUGAAGAAAAAAAGAUAUCAUAAAUUCCAUUUACAUUUACAGGUUUUUCAGCAGAUUUGAGCAUAAAGUUUGUACCCAAUAUGAAUAUGUUGCAUGCAUGUAUGGAACUAUCAAAUUUGGCAUAUGUUUAAGCAAUCCAAACAUUCUUAGAACCAAAGGAUGUUCAUCAUGCUACUAUUAACAUGUCCAUUGCACUUUCUUUGGAAAGAAGACUUAGGGUACAUAAACACAUCCCUGCCUGCCUGCCACCACUAAGGCAACGUGGAGAGCACUCUUCACUCUAGACCUGUACAGAUCAUAGAUGCACAAGAUUUUGAAGUAUGGUUACUCUGGACGAUAUGAAAUCAUCCCCAGUUAAUCCUCUUUCAAUAAAACAAGAAGCCAUAGUGCAAAGCAUCACAAUCGAUUAGGACACUUGUGAAGAUAUUGGUUGUGAAGAUUCCUGUAGAUCAUCAACAUCUAAAAGACAAAUCUCAUAAAAUGAAAUGGAAGAGUACAUAAGAGGGAACCUAAAUUUCUAUUGUGCAUGUAAAAGCUGUAGUUCCUCAUCAUGCAGUAGAGCCUAAGGUAUGUGUUGCCUUAGAGGAAGAUCCAAGGUGUUUGGUCAUUUCAUUUCCAAUGCAAGUACAAUGCAAAAUUGAACAGAUUUAACAAAACAAUUAUCUUUUUCCUUGAUGUUAGGUAUGAAACAAAAUAUAAUUUGACUCCACAAACUUUUGCAACAUGAGUCUCUGGUGAGUUGUUAUGGAUGGCCAGUUUCAUGGCAAGAAACUUUCAUGAAAUGCAAAUGUUUAAUGCUGUGUCAACUGAGACUCAUUUAUUUUGUGGGAUGAAACUUUGACAAAUCUGAACUGCUCACAAAAUUUGCUAAUAUUUCAGGCACGGGAAAGUUUUGGGUAUGACUGUUUCUUUGUCAUGUAAUCGAUAAUAAUAUAUGGGUCAAAUACCUUAGAGUGGCCCAUACCAAAUACUGCUCUGGUUUGUACUAUGAUGAUGAAUGAAACGAGUGAAAUGUUACCAUCUAAAGGAAGAAAAAGGUUCAUCGAUGGGAACAGAAUUAGCGGAGAUAAUGUAUUCAGAUAUAGUAAUAAUGAUAAUAAUAAUAAUAAUAUUUCCUGUUUACCCAGGGUAGCCUCAUCAGUAUUAAUACUGUUCUCCCUGAGGGGCCCUGCAAUUAUAGUGGACCGGACAAAAUUUCUGUGCUUAUUCAAUGAGCUCUUUGAUGUAAGAUACAAACAUAAGAAACGUAUUACAUUUACAGCAUUAAAGAAUGCAGCAGUAUACCACUUGAUAUCUGAAUGAGGUGAUAAUAUAUGAAGAAUCUCCCUGCUCUCAACCCCCUACUCGGCACAUCAAUGUGUGAAAAUAAUUCAGAGUUUCAAAUCAAACUCAAAGAUCUGCCUCUGAGGCUCUUGGCAAUUAAAUUAAUUUUCUGAAGUAGAUUAUUGGUAAUGGUCCAGAAAUCCACUUCCUAAGUCAGCGUCGUUAAACCUCAUUCACUCAUGCCAUAAAGAUAACCUGCCUAAAAAAAUGCCGCUGCAAAAUAUUUUUAAAAAUCGUUUAUGUGGAAAUGAUUGGCGAGUGCGGGUGAAAACACAAAGCUGUAUGCAGUAAAGGCCCUUAUAUGCACUUAUCUGUAGAUGUUAUAAGAUACAGAAAUAGGAAGUACUCUAGGCUCAUGUUUCAUUGGCAGCGACACUUUCUAAGUGGUUUACCUUUUCAUUUGUGAAUGAGUCUUUUGUGUUCUUACUGGUAGGGGGUGUCUUGUGCUUAAUGGUUCCAUGACGUUCAUUCAAAAUUGAGCCUGUAAGUAUGGAUUAUUGGUGGAGUA